AUGGGGCGAGCCCGACGUGGACGCUGGCGGCAUAGCCGUGCGACGGCCCCGGCGCAGGUGCCGCCCGCGACGAAGGCCACGCCUACGCAGCCGGGGUUCCGCUGCCGCAGCGUCGGCGCCGGCUCAUCCCCUCCUCCCCUCUGUCCCGCUGGACAGAAGCCCAGCCACCAGCGAUCAACGCCGUCGACGCUGGCAAGCACCAACCUCUCCCUGUUGGAAAGGCACCUAACUUCUGUGUAUAAAAUUGAUGUUGUUAAGGUCCUUGAAGAUGGAGACUUGCAGACUCUUGGCUUGUUGGAUUAUGACAAAAGGUUGAAACAUUCUUUCACUGCCCAUCCAAAGGUUGACCCUUUUACAGAAGGAGCUAUGCUUGAUCCUGUGCCAAUAACAAUACCAGAAUCUGUAAUGAUGCAUGACUUUGCCAUCACGGAGAAUUACUCUAUUUUUAUGGACCUCCCUUUGUUGUUCCGACCAAAGGGAAUGGUGAAGAACGGUGAGUUUAUCUACAAGUUUGAUCCUACAAAGAAAGCUCGUUUUGGUAUUCUCCCACGCUAUGCAAAGGAUGACAAACUCAUUAGAUGGUUUGAACUCCCUAAUUGCUUCAUAUUCCAUAAUGCUAAUGCUUGGGAAGAGGGUGAUGAAGUUGUUCUCAUUACCUGCCGUCUUGAGAACCCAGAUUUGGACAAAGUGAAUGGACAUCAAAAUGACAAGCUCGAAAACUUCGGGAAUGAGCUGUACGAGAUGAGAUUCAACAUGAAAUCGGGCGCUGCUUCACAAAAGCAGCUGUCUGUUUCUGCUGUGGAUUUUCCUCAUGUUAAUGAGAGCUAUACUGGCAGAAAGCAGCGGUAUGUCUACUGCACUAUACUUGACAGCAUUGCGAAGGUGACUGGCAUCAUAAAAUUUGAUCUGCAUGCUGAACCGGAGAGUGGUAAGAAAGAGCUUGAAGUGGGAGGAAAUAUACUAGGCAUAUAUGACCUGGGACCUGGUAGAUUCGGUUCAGAGGCGAUUUUUGUUCCCAAGCAGCCAUGUGUAUCUGGAGAAGAAGACGAUGGCUAUCUGAUAUUCUUUGUACACGACGAAAAUACAGGGUUGUAA